AAUAGCUGUUACAAAUCAACUUGUAAAGCAUUUGGAACGGAUAGAACUGGCUGCCCUAGAGUUGAGUUCACUGCUAAGAUGGUCAUGAUUUCAUAUAUCAUUUAUAGAUUUUAUCUGAUUCAGUAUUGCUGAAGUUCAUUAUAAAAGGGUUAUGGAGCACUUUACUUGGUCACGGCUUUCCCGGUCAUCAUUGGUAUUUCUGUGGUACUAAUCCUAUUUUAUAAUUCUCUUCAGUAGAAUGUUUAAAUUACAUUAUUAUAUACAUAUGUAAAAUGUGAAUACCAUGUGUAGAACCAAAAUGAUUUAUUAGAAAAAAAAAAUUAAAAAUUGUGUGCUGAUCCAUUUGGAUAUUUUGAUGUUUGCUUGAGCCAAGAUGAAGGUUUCUCUUUGCCAUACUAUGCUGCAAAGAGCUUAGUAUUGAGCAAUGACAUGCUUUGACACUUUUUCAUUGCUUAUUGGCUUGAGCUUGAGCUUGCUCUUGUAUUCUAUAAUGUAGAAUUUUGUGUUGAUGAAAGCACAUAACCAACCAAUCACCCCUUCUCCUUGUGAACAUACUUAUUUCUGAGUCAUGUUUGGGGUAUCACGUUUGGCCUGAAAAUCGGCUCUCAUAAGAAUAAAAUAUGAAAAUUCUAACUCUUGUGUGAAUUGCAGUAAAGACUUGUAUGUAUAGAUUAUUAUAUUGGGCAAGUACCUAAACAUGCAGAUCACUACCUGAUGACACUAAGGACAUGCUUCCCACAUUCUGACUUUGUCAUGCCUCCUAUAAAUACUCCAACCCCUCAGUUACAUCCUCAGAAUCUGUAUACGGUUAAGAUACCAUGGUUCUCCCAGCUUCAGAUAUUGUGCGUCCAACUAUAAGCGGCACCCAGGAAAUGGUUAAAAUCUACAAUGAGCUAGAAAUCUUUACAACUGCUCAGCACUUCCAUGAGUUAAAGUUCAAGGCUAUUGAAGAAUCUGAAUCGCCAACCGGAAAAGAAAAGCAGAUUUCAGUGGAUCCGAUAUCAUUGAGAGAAUCAUCAAGGAGAGAGGCUAGCUUCAAUUUAAUGUUGCCGCCUGUUGUAAAUCCUUCGGAUGGAUCACCACCUUUACCACCCUCAGAACCUCCACUUAUAAGCUGCAGUCUCCCUAGCUCAGCCCCGUCGUCUCCUGGAUUCAGCUUCUCCCUGUUGAAGAAGAAAUGGAAGAAUGAAAGCCAAGCAUCUCCUCGUCAAAUUGAGCGUCUCGCUUGUCGACAUUCUUCAGCAAACGACUCCAAUCUCACUCUUGAAGAAGGUACUAACUUGAGAAGAAUCAGAUCUUGUGCAGAAGGAAGAUCAUCAACACCAGCUAACGGACUUGAUCUUUGGUUUAGCAAGCCAAAUACCAUCAAACACGAGACCAUGCAACAAGAAAGCCUCAAAAUAACCGACUCUAAGGAUGAACACUACAUGGCUGCAGGUAAGAAAAUAGAACCUAAGGAUGAGGAGUUCAAAUGUGGUGCCCUUUGCAUGUACCUUCCAGGAUUUGGCAAAGGAAAACCAGUGAAAUCAAAGAAGGAAAUACAAGUACAUCCAGACGUGGGAAACGUAAUCUCCAGGACAGUUUCACUGGAAAAAUUUGAAUGUGGUUCGUGGGCUUCAUCGGCUUUCAUGAAUGACCAUGAAGAUGGAGACUCCACGAAUCAUUACUUUGAUUUGCCACUGGAAUUAAUCCGGACUAGUGCGAAUGAUGCAACUUCUCCAGUUGCUGCUGCAUUCGUCUUCGACAAGGAUCGGAAAGGAGUUCUCAAAAAUGGUUCAACAAGAGCAACAGCAAGAAAGUCUCAUGAAUCUUCGCGCCAUGUUCGGUUCUCCACCUCGUCUGCCUCAUCCCACCCUUCUUCCCCAGCUUCUUGCAUUACUCCUCGUCUGCGCAAGGCUAGGGAGGACUUCAAUGCCUUCUUGGAAGCACAGAGUGCUUAAAUCAUUGUCGGUCUUCCUAGCCAUUGCUAGUAUCAUAUAACAUCGUCUGUUUCAACAUGCAAACAUCGCAUAUAUACAACACUCUGCUAAAAAAUCACGCCAUCUAUCAAAUUUUGUCGAUCUUGUGAGGACAAUGGAAAGGUCGACAAGAAUA